AUGGCACCGGCUGCAGGCCGACAAACGUAUCGUGUUCGCCAGAUACCCGCUCAUUGUUCUCAGUUCUACGACCUCGCUCGAUUACUAGCCUAUGUCCUGGAUUACCACAAAACCAUCACAGUCCGCUCGCUUGCCUCCAGUAUCGACUCGUUUGAGAAUCCACCCACCAAAGUCGCUACGGUCACAUUUGAAGAUGAACCUGAUCAACUUCGAGCAGGUCAGAAUCCUGCACGGUCCGAAUGGUGCCUUCCCGCCGCGGUCUACGCUCAUAACCUCAUAAUCGAUUCGCAUUUUCGCGGAUUUACUCCGCUGAACGAGGUGGAUAUGGAUCAUCAUAUACUCGACUGCAUUGCCAUUACUGGACUCUCGGGCCACGCGUUCGGCUCGUGGUGCGCUCAGGAUCGCACAGUGGACUUCAUGUGGCUCCGAGAUGCCCUGCCCAGGAGAUAUCCUCGGAUGAGGGUCUUGACUUACGGCUACGAUUCUCAUCUGCUCGGCAGUCAGUCUUUUCAGUCGAUACGGGAGAUUUCACUGGCUCUCAUCACCAAGAUGCGCUCCAUUGGCCUGGCUGAACCGUCUUCAAAGCCCCUCCUUUUCCUUGCUCACAGCCUUGGUGGGAUUGUAGUCAAAGAAGCAAUAGCGCGUAUUGCUAACUCGCCGCCGCUCGAGGCAACUUUCAUGUGGAAAGUGAAACGCGUUAUCUUUUUUGGCGUUCCAAACCGAGGGAUGAGAAUCUCACACUUACUUCCUUUGGUUGAGCAGCAGCCGAACGAGCCACUGGUCCAGACUCUUGCUGAAGGAUCUUCGUAUCUUGAACAUCUUGAUGCACAAUUCUACGGAAUCUCAUCCAUGCGCCAAGUAGACUUGGUCUCCAUAUAUGAAACACACAAGUCUCCAACACCACAGCUAUCCAGCGACGGACAAUGGAAAAAGGAUGGCCCCUAUGAAAUUUUGGUCCAACUUGAAUCAGCGAUUCAGCGCGGGACAAAACCAGAAAAUCAACACCCCAUCGAUAAAGAUCAUUCUAGUCUUGUCAAAUUCAACGAGAACGAGGACGAUCUCACAGCUGUUCUAUUCUUCCUACGAUCGCUGUACGAGAGUCUGGACGGUCACACACGUGUCGGCCAUGCUCAACAAUCCAAGAAGGGGUUUUCCGCGGCAGACAGGGUGGCAGGAUCCGAGUCAGAAACCGCUGUGGACCUCUUAUCUCAAAGCCAGAAGGAGCAAACUUUGAAGUCGAUCCUUGAGAGCAUCCACUUUGAAGAUGCAGAGUUUCGCUACUCAAUGGUGGAGCAAGCUCAUGGAAGAACAUUCGACUGGCUGUUGCGGCAACCUAGAGUGGGUGUCCUGAACUGGCUCCGAUGGGGAACAGGAAUCUUCUGGAUUAGCGGCAAGCCAGGGUCCGGAAAAUCAACCGCCAUGAAACACAUCUAUCGGUGGUACAAUACAUCUCAGCAGCAUUCUUCUGAUACGGUCUCGUCCCAAGAAAUUGCAGCACGGUUUUUCUUUUUCCAACGAGGUUCCGUUAUACAAAAAUCAUAUGAGGGGCUCCUAAGGAGUUUACUGCAUCAAAUCUUACUCAAACUCGGCUUGUCAUGUGUCAACAUAUUCCCAGAGUGGUUUAAGCCGGCAACCAAAAGUCCAAAGGAAUGGUCUUUCCAUAGACUCGACCGUCUGUGGGAUCAAUUGAUGGGGCAGAAGCAUUCCAAGCUGAACCUGAUCCUCUUCCUAGACGCUUUGGACGAAUUUGAUGGUUCAGCGGAGAAAGUUGCCCUCUUCAUCAAGAAAACGGUUCAUCGUUCAUCUGAAUCAAUGACAAAGGUACGCAUAUGCUGCGCUAGCAGGCCCUGGGACGCCUUCGCGGAUUCGUUCAAAUCCUGUCCGACUUUCCAGAUGGAAGAUCAUACGGAACCGGACAUUCGCCAGUUUGUAAUGGAUACUAUGUCAACACAUGAGGCUAUGAAGCCAUGGCUGCGGUCUUCACUUCGUCUUGAAAGGCAACCACUAUAUGAACUCAUGGAUGAGAUCCUUCGACAGGCCAAAGGCGUCUUCAUCUGGGUAAGGCUGGUGCUUCAGGAAAUGCUUGACGCCAGAACCGAGGGUGCCGAGAUCGACGAGUUGCGCCGCAUGAUCGGUCAGUUACCACAUGAACUCGAAGAUCUGUACCAAGCUUUACUAGCAAGAGUCAAAAAGCCCGAGUUCCGCCAGGAGACUUAUGCUAUGCUAGAGAUUCUUAUCCGAUCGCCUCGACCGUUGCAGCUAACAGAGUUCGCCUGGAUUUUGCGGUGCGCAGUCGCACCUGACCUCGAGCACAGCGUUCGGGGACUGCAGCAACUAGGUGAAGAACUAUCAUCCGCCGAGAUCGAUACACUACGACGCCGCAUUAGGAGCCGUUGUGGAGGCCUAGUGGAGAUAGUUAGACGACCGCAGGACGACGAUAAAGUUUCGAAGCAGCUAUCACUUGAAAAGGUGAACGCCCCUACAGGGUCAUCCGUGGCCGAGGACGAUUCAGGGUCUUCCAGCAGAGCCGAAAUAUUCCAAGAACAAGUUACCGGAUUUGCCGGUAGCCUUCCGCCACCGACUCGAGAUCAUGGACCAGUACAAGUCUCUGCGCCGGAUGUACGGCUGCCCUCCACGGCUUUCUGGGCGUCACAGAUCCCGUAUGCACAGUUUGGGGGGUGGCAACACCCAAGCCUGGCGCAUAGAGGGUGGGCUCCUGGCUUGUAUGCUCCGCCACCCGCUUUGGUCCCUCCCGCUUCGUCAUAUCUAGCGCCUUUUGGAUCACACCCUCUUCCAUACACAUCGAUGCAUUCUAUUCCCUCGCCCUUCCCACCAUAUCUGAACUUUGCACAGCCUGGUGGUUUUCUCCCUGGGCCUUAUGCUGCGUCGUAUUCUCCGUGGACCACAAAUACCGCCGAUCAACUUCAUUCUCACUUUCUCCAAAGUAAUGGCGGAUUUGCAUAUCAGGGGCACGCGCCAGAUGCCUUUGCCCCUCCGUUUACUGGAGGUAAUCCGAACUCACCAGCUCCAAACAACAACAAGACACCUGACGCGCAGCAACAUGUGCCCCAUCCUCGACGAGGUCUGCCAGGUUUUUCGAGAGGCACGAUUGGUGAAACCUCUGGCGUACCAAACAAGAAUACUCCCGCGUACCCUAAUCGAUCUGGCAAUCAACAAUCCGUAUACAUGGUUCAGUUGAUGCAUCAGACCGUCAAAGAGUUUGUUACAAGUCCAGGAUUCAAAGGGUCUCUCGGAGUCGAUCACAGUGAUAUGAAAUCUGAGAACGGACAUUCAUACUUCGCCAAAUUUGGUUUUACCCUGAUCAAGUCGGUUGUCAGACGACGAGGCAAGGUCUUCAGUCGAAUUCCUUGGUUAUCGGCAGACAAAGCACACAAUCUAUUCGCGUUGUGCGGAGAUUCUUUCCAUAACGCCGAAAAAACCACUGGGUUUGCUCAAUCUUCCCUUCUAGACGAUCUGGACGCUGGACAAUUCACGUGUUUCUUCCCCCAGCAGAGGUAUGAUGCCGAAGCCGAGGAAGACGCCAUGAAGGACUAUCGACCUAGGAGGUGGCCCAUUGACUCGCAGAUUUCCUUCGCAGCGGUGAUGCGCCUACCCCUAUAUCUGAAAGCAAAAUUCAGCCGGGAACAAAACUGGCUGUUCAGUCGGGAACCGCGGAUCCUACACAACAUUAUCGAAAAGUUCCACUUCUGGCCCAGAUUUGAUGCGAUUCGGCCCAGCAUAACGAUGCUGCAACAGGGUGCCAGCGUCCACAACACAUUUGAGAACCUGACGGUCUUCCAGGCACUAUUCCGCAAAAUCGACCCUACUGGAGAUCCUGGGACUUUCUCCAUGACCUUCGGACAACUUGCCAGACUGCUUCUCGAGAACGGAAGUGACCCGAACUGCGACAUCUUCUAUCUUUUUGACAACAUCGAGUCUUUCGGAGAAAGUCCCGAAUUGUACACUUCAAAAGCACUACAUCUCGUUCUAAGCAGUCCCGACAUGGUGCGCUUGAUGAUUGAAUAUGGCGCCGACGUGAACGGAAGAAAUGGCCGCGGUGAAACUCCACUCGACGUGCUGGCGGAACUCUGGAUGACACGAUGGACCGAACACGUGACCAUGGACGAUGUUGAGUUGCACAGUGCCGCGAUACUGAUCAAUAAUGGAGGACUAGCAUCCAGGAAAUCCUACAAGUUCUUGAACUUCCGACGUGGUGGGGCCGAGGACGAUGGAGAUGAAGACGACGACGACGACGACGACGCCCCCGCUAUUAACAUCGUUGACGAAGACGACGACGACGGGCGGUAUACAGCCUAUGAUAGUAAAUAUGGACGUCUUUUUGAGGACACCGCUGAUUGGACCCUUCGUCAACAGGGCGAACAGGUGUUCGAUCUCGACGCUUUGCGUUAUUGGGACACCCCUUCGGAGUUCGAUUCACCACGACCACCGCAAUCUCGACCGCAACUUGAACUUGCCGCAGUUGAGAGUGACUGGUGA